CAAAACCCUAGGAGUUUAAGCCAGCCGUCGUGUUUCCCCUUUCGCCGCCCCCCAAUCAACCCCACCUGUCGGCGGCGCCUCGCCGUGCCAAGAGAAGGAAGCCGGAGGCACCCGAGAGCCCGGAACAGGAGGCUGAAGCAAACAUCUCGCCGCUGCCAGCGACGAGCGCACCUGAUUCCAGUCCUCCUGGAGCCGGCAGAGACGUAUCCCUCAUCCAAGAUCCGCCGCCUGGAGCCGGAGCAGAAGAAGAAGAUGGGGUCGACCGAAUCAGCCUCCUCCCCGACGCCAUUCUGGGUGAGGUCAUCUCUCUCCUCCCCACCAAGGAUCCCGCCCGCACCCAAAUCCUCGCCACCCGGUGGCGCCAUCUCUGGCGCUCCGCCCCUCUCAACCUCGACGUCGGUGACCUCUUCACCAUCGAUGUCGUCUCCCCCAUCAACCGUGACGGCGGUGAACUUGGCACCAUCGGUGUCGUCUCCCGCAUCCUCUCCGCUCACCGGGGCCCCUGCCGCCGCUUUCGCUUCGCCGCAAAACACCUACAGGACCACCCCGCCACUGUGGAUGCUUGGCUCCGGUCCCCCGCCCUCGACAACCUCCAAGAGAUUGACUGCUGGAUGCGCUUAUUUUCGCCGGUGGUGUUGCAACCGCCACCUCCGCCAGCAUCUGCCUUCCGCUUCUCGUCGUGCCUUUGCGUCGCCACUCUCAGCCACUGCCACCUCUCUGACGACGUCGCCCAGGCGCUUCAGUUCCCCAAGCUCAAGAAGCUCGCACUUCAAUGUGUCAGCAUUUCGGAGGAUUCCCUGCAUAGCAUCAUUGCUGCUUCUCCCGUCCUUGAGUGCUUCCUGCUUCGCAGAAGCUUUGGCUUCCGCUGUGUCAGGAUCAACUCAGCUAGCAUUACAAGCAUUGGGGUGGAUGCUAAUGAUGUUCAUAAACGAACAGUGACAUGUUUAGAAGAAUUCAUUGUCGAGGAUGCCCCUUGCCUUAAAAGGAUUCUGUAUCUCCAAUCAUCACGAAGGCACACGCAACUGCAAAUAUCAGUUAUUUCAGCACCCAGUCUGGAGACCUUGGGUCGCCUAAGUUGUCCUGACUACUGCAAGCUUGCGUUGGGCUCUAUGAUUAUUGAGCCAUGCCACAUAAAGGGAUUCCGGAUCACUAACUUGACAUCGCCGGCAUACACUGUCAAGAUUUUAGCAGUCUGUAAUUUCAAUCUUAGCUUGGAUGUGGUUAUUGACCUAAUGAGAUGCUUCCCAUGCUUGGAGAAGUUGUAUAUCGAGUCAUACAUGGGGCGAGAUAAGAAUUUAUGGCGCCGUAAACAUCAUAAUCUUAUCAAAUGCCUUGACAUCCGUCUCAAGACCGUUGUGUUGACUAAUUAUCGAGGUAUAAGGUCACAAGUUAACUUUGCAACAUUCUUUGUACUGAACGCAAAGAUGCUGGAGUCAAUGACAUUUCGGUGUCGAAGGUACCUUGUGACUGAUGGAAUUCUUGCAGAGCAGCAACGGCUGCUACAGCUGGAGAAAAAGGCUUCAAGAUGUGCUCGGUUUUAUUUUACUACUAAAAUAUGUGAGCACAACUUUAUGCAUAUUAAUCAUGCCCAUGAUUUGUCUAAAACCGACCCCUUUGAAUGUGAAGAAACAAAGGUUGGUGUAUGUGCAUCCUUUGAGUAGUUACUGCUUGAUUCCUUUUUCCAGUGUUGAAGUAGGGGGGUUGCUAAAUGAACUAUGUGUAUUGUAAGAUUUGUGUAAUUGUGGUAGUCUGACAGUGUCCCAGUUUGAUUUGCUAAUCUAUAUAAUCCACUGAAUCUUCAUGCUCAA